AUGCUCAAUAUCCCCGUAAUAGACCUCAAGCACUACAAGGUCACAGGUGACAAGGGCGAGUGCAAUAAAGCUGCCGAAUCGCUCUACAAUUUUGGUGUUUUUUGUGUUCGUGAUGAGCGAGCAGCGGAUAGUGACAAUGACACGUUCUUGGACAUGAUGGAGCGAUACUUUGAAUCGACGGACUUUGUGGAAGACGCACGGCCGGAAUAUCACUACCAGGUGGGCGUGACACCCGAGCGUAAGGAACGUGCUCGCAAUCACUGCGCUCGUGCUGCGACGCUGGAUAAGCGCUUCGCUCCAGUGUCUCUAUGUCCUCCUGAGGCGGACAAGAAGAGUCGCUUCUUUUGGCGGAUUGGUGAACGCCCUGUGAAUACCAAGUUUGACGAGUUAAAUGCGGAACCUGUGAUCCCCAAGACAUUUCCUGAAUGGGAGAAUGUUAUGAACAUGUGGGGUGGUAAGAUGCUUGACACUGUUUCGGACCUUAUGGAGAUGAUUGCCCUCGGACUCGGUCUGGAGAAAGAUUCACUGAAAAAAUGUAUCAAAUACGGCCCGCAUUUGCUGGCACCUACGGGCAGUAAUUUCAACGUGUUCAACAAGUUAAACGACGUUCUUGCGGCGUACCAUUACGAUCUAAACCUACUGACGAUCCAUGGCAAGUCUCGUUUUCCGGGACUGUACAUUUGGCUUCGGGAUGGUACACGUACGGCUGUGAAAGUUCCUGACGGCUGUUUGCUCGUUCAGGCGGGCAAGCAGAUGGAGUAUCUGACUGGCGGGUACGUUCAAGCGGGCUUCCAUGAAGUUGUGGUAGCGGACACGACCCUCGAGACGAUUGCGCAGCGCAAGAAUGCUGGCAAGAGCCUUUGGCGUGUGUCGUCUACUCUUUUCUCGCACACAGCAUCCGAUAAGACACUGGAACCGUUGGGACACUUUGCAACACCCGAGGCUGUAGAGAAGUAUCCGCCUAUUCUUGCGGGCGACCAAGUCCUGGAAGAGCUCUCACAAAUUGAACUUGGCAAUGGCGUUAACCUCCAUGGUAAGUAG